AUGGAGCGCAAGACCUCGCCACUCGAGGUAGCGCGCAAGGAGCUUCACCGCAAGAAGCCAGCCGACCUUACUCUGGAUGAUCUGCGGUCAGCGACUGACACGGCGCUGUCCGGCGGUAGCGACCUCGACGUGCUCGGCUUCGCGGCCGCGCUCCUGCGCCAGCUCGCCGCCUCUCCUCACCAGAUAAAUGAGCUGGUUGCUGAGCGGAUUGCGCCAGCUCUCCAACCUGGCGCGCAGCUAGGGGCGCUCAUAACCGCCAACCUCGCGCACAACUUCAAGAGCCGCGCCCAACGGUCCUCAGAGCUCCUGACCGCCGCGAUCAAGCUCGUCCCCGCCUUCCCCGACCUUCUCUCCCCUCUAUUUAAGUCUAUCAUUUCUGACUCACUCGCCCGCAAACCAAACCUCCUGGGAAUCACGAUCCUCGCCAGCGCCGUUCCCGACUCGGCCGUGCCCAAUGAUUUACUCCCCCGUCUCCUUGCGGACGUGGACGAGGUGGACGCAGCGAGCCAGCGCUGUGCGGCCGUCGUCGCUCUCCUCGCUCGGGAAAGUUCAAAUGAGGGAUGGUUGGCUCCACUCAUCCCCUAUCUCGGAGGCGAGGCCAGCGUCACCACGCUCUCGCGCUACCUCCUCCCCGCGCUCACCAAGGUAUACCGGAGCGCAUACGAACCCCUCCUCACCCUCCUAGAGGCUGCGGCGGUGGACGACAGGUAUUUCGGGCCGUGGGUCGCGACUGCGAGCUUUGGCGUCUCCUCCGGCUUCAUCACAUUGGAAGGCCUUCCCCAGACCCGACUCGAGGAGGGCAUAUCCCACGCCGAUCUCGGCGUACGCGUCAUGGCGUUCGAGCUCCUCGCGCACUCCCGGGCGGUUUUCACCCCACGCGUGAUGGGCCUCGUUAAGCAUGCGCUGGUCAUCAAUACCGUCGUGCCCACAGCCGGGGGACGAACGGAGAUGCGGUCCGCGAUCCACGGCUUCCUGACCAACAUGAAGUCGCAGGAGGACCAGGCGCGGCGCGAUCUCAAGAAAGGCGCUGAAAGAGCGCAGGCCACCCUCGCAGCUGCGGAGGCGUUCCACGCCUGGUUGCUCGACGCAUACCUCGGUCCGAGCGUCAAGGCGUGCCGCGAGAUGCCUCAUCUGAGGAGCAUCUUUGCCCUCCGCCUCCUCAAGCUCUAUGUCGACAUCUACGGGCCCUCGGUCUAUCCCAGUGUGUUCACGCCCACACGCGUCGCCGAUCUCAUCGCGUGCCAGGCGAGCGAGUUCGUGGACGCGCGCGUCGGCGCACGUAACCUCAUUGCUCUCGCUCCCCUCCCCCUCGCUGGAUUUGAGACUCUGGAUAUGAUGCCAACAAAGCAUCUCCUGGCCUCGGCCCUGGCCAGCAUCAACCACCCGCGCCUCACGCAGGCGGAAGCCGGCCGUGCGACCCUCUGCAUCCUCUUCACCAAGCUCGUGCUCCCCAAAGGGCAGGACAAGGCUCUGACGUUCGUUGGUGGCAUCAUCGGGGAGCUGGAGAGUCAUAUCCAAAAGGUGGAGGAGAACCUCGCGCGGAAUAUCGUCGAGUAUCCCAUCCACGGGCCGCUCAGUGCGCUUGUGGAACUCGUCCGCUGCCUCGACCUCAUUUCGCCCGACGCUCAGGCGGCCUGGCGGCCGACAUUGCAUGCUCUUAACGCUCUUGUGCUCCGCGUUUGGGCCGUCACGAGGAAGGUUGUCUCCUUGGGCCCAGAGGAGGAGGGGACGAGUCACGAGAUUGCGCGCGCGUACGACGUCCUCGGUGAAGAGGACGAAGAGGAGGGCGACCAUACCAAUCUCCUCUCAGGAUGUUGGCGCGCGACGCGCGAGGCGGCCGAACUUCUCGCAGCGAUCAUCACUGUGCCAUUAUGUGUGAAGGAACAGACUGUCUGGAGCGUCGCCGAAGUCGACGCGGCCGGGAGGACCUUCCUCCUCUGGCUCCACGAGAUCCGGCACCGAGGCACGUUCUCGCGCAUCGCACCAGCGUUCGGCACUGUCGUCGACGCGGUGCAGCGAAUCCCGUCGCUAUCCUACCUCGUCGGCGAGUGGGUCGACUCGCAGCUCGACGUUGUAGACGAGGGGAAGCUGAGCACGCUCCGCCGCUCCGCCGCGCUUCCCUUCACCUUCCUCGCACUCCUCUCGGACCGUACUCAGCGGGACCGCGCGCUGGACGCGCUCCUCUCCAUGGCUGCGCUCUCCUCUCCAUCCUCCGAUACGACGAAGGUGCACGCAAUGAACACGCUCAAGAUCGUCCUGUUAGAUGCGAAGCAGUCUCAUGCCCUCCCUCGCUACCUGGAGCAGACACUCACCACCUCGCUCCAAGCUUUCGGGAGCGCCAACUGGGCCGUGCGCAACGUGGCCCUCAUACUCUUCUCAACAGUCACCAACCGUGCCCUCACCACCUCCAGGCCACAGGACGAGGGAGGCCGUGCAGCCCUCGCCGCGCGCCAAACCCUAGCCUCAUGGAACAAGAAGUACCCCUCACUCCUCCCCUACAUUAGGCAGACGCUGCGGGAUGUGCGCGGCCGCGGGCCGCUCGUGCUGGGAGAGCACUCCCCCCUCUUUCCCCUCCUCAUCAUCAUUCGUUCUCUCCGGUGGAGUGCGGAUGGCGAGGACCUCGCCACCACCCUCUACCCCGCAGUCGAGCCGUUCCUCGGCUCUCCCGAGUGGAUGGUUCGCGCUGCUGCGGCGCAGGCCCUCUCCUCCCUCCUCUCCCCUGAGGCGGGGCUGGAGAAAGCCAGAGUCACCGCGACGCGCAUCAGCCACGCAGGCAACGAGCCAAACCUCCGGCACGGGCGGCUCCUCUUCCUCCGCCGCCUGCUCGAGGAUGUCGUCGACGAGGCUGAGGGGAUCGCGCCGCGCCUCCGUGAUGCUCUGGCCGAGAAAGCACCACCCAUGAUCUCGGCGGCGAUCCUCGACUGCGUGGGCGCGUAUGUGGGCAUUUCCCAAGCGAACUCGGAUAACGACCUGCUCCGCGCCGCUGCGACUGCCUCGCAUGCGUUCUUCGCGACCCUACCGACUGUGGGAACGGACCUCCUGUAUGCUGCCGCUGCUCGCGUCCUCAUUCUCGCUGGCGAGACCUUGUCCCUCCUUGAGGCGCGUAUGCCAGAGGACGCACAGCUGCUCGCCCUGGCGUCGCUCGAGCGCAACUCCGAGACCCUCAUGGCAGUGACGAGACUGGCGAAGCAGGGAAGCAACGCCGUGCGCACCGCCGCGCUCGAGGCACUCGCCGACUGGCCGGAAGGCGGGGCGGAGAUCACGGAGCUGCGCGACGAGAUGCUCAAACUGGCCGCGCAUGCCCGCAGCGUGCCGCUCAAGGAGGCGGCGCUUGCAGCUCUCGGCCGAGCCUUCCUCUCCACCCCAGCGGAGGAUGAGGACUGGGACGUGCUGGCGGACCAUAUCCUCUCCGCGUCAGAUGAGAACCAAUCUGAGCCGCGACGCGAGGCCGCCCUCUCAGCGCUCACGUCCCUCGCGCCUCGUCUCCUUGCCCUCCCCACUUCGCCUCGUGCGCGGCUCCUCCGUGCCCUCCUCGCCCUGCUGGAGGACGACGACGUGGAUAUCCGCUCGGGCGCUGCGGCCGCCAUGAGUGCGGCGCUGGACCGUAAGCCCGUCGACCAGUACAGCGCGGUCGAUGCGUGGUGGAUCUGGCUUACCGCUCAUGUGCGCGAAGAGAGGGAAGAAUGGGAGGGGUGGCUGUGGAAAUUGGUCCUCCCCCCCGGUGAUUCUAAUGCCGACACGCGUCUUUUCGUCGAGGAACCGCCCAACUUAUUCCGUAACGUGGUCGGAGUUGCCGAGCGCGCUGCCUCCGUGUUGGCUCACCUUGGCCACACUGAGGGCCAAGUACUGGCGCGCACGGUCGUGGACCAGAUCGAAGACCGUGGAACAUAUGCGCCCAUCGACGCAGGAUGGGCGGCGGCGCAAGUCAGUCGACGCCGCGCCGCGGCUGUGCGCACGGCCCUCGGCAGGUAG